CUGAAUGUUGAAGAAGGUCUAUCACCGCCAGCCGAUGUUAAUCAGCCACUAUCGGAACCAGUUAAAUUUAUUGAUGCUUUACCUCCAGUAUCCCAAUUUUCACAUAAUAACACUAAUCAGUGUACAGUUAACAACUACUCAACCACAAAAUAUUCCAAUGAAAGGUUUGAAUCACCUUCACCGCCGUCUUCGGACUGCUCGUCAUCGUUAGAACCACUGACACAAAUUUUGCCAUGUAAAGCCAGAAGUAAAAUGCAUGAAAUGGCUGUAAAACAGCGGCUAAUCACUGACCAAGAUCCUCGCGGCAACGGUUUCAUUCAUCUUUCAGCAGAAGAGAAACGUACACUGCUUCAAGAAGGGUAUAGCCUUCCGACACGACUUCCACUGUCCAAAUCUGAAGAGGAUGCAUUAAAAAUUGUUCGACGAAAGAUCAAAAAUAAAUUAUCAGCACAAGAAAGUCGUCGAAAACGAAAAGAAUAUAUGGAUACCUUAGAACAACGAGUACAAAUGUAUUUCAGCGAAAAUUCGUCCUUAAAAGCUAAGAUAAAACAGCUGGAACAGAGUAAUCGCAGUUUGGUUGUACAGUUAAAAAAAAUGCAAGCUGCAUUGAAUGCACAACAGAACAACGUUGGACACCAGUCACCACCAUGUCUUAGCCUACAGAAUGAUGGAAAUCUCAAAUGA